AACGGUGACUCGAUCUCAUGAAUCCACUUCGCCCGAAACCACACCUUCGACGUGCUACAGAAAUCAGAUAGGUCAAGACGUUGAACUUUCAGCAGCAAGACAGUUGGAGGGUGUGCCUGUGGUGUUGAGCAGUCUUCCAAUGCAACUCCACCGCUGGCGAACCAGAGGAGGUUACUUUAAUUUGCCCUCACCUAAUUUCUAUCAGCAGCGGUAGGCUACCCCGCUUCACUCCCGAAGACCGUUUUGCUAUUUUGAAGGAGAGAUUGGAGGGGGACUUGAAUCAAGUUUGUAUGUAUUCCCAAAGUCUGUCUAUCUCUUCAGCUUUGUGAAACGCACCAGACUUUCCAAGUUCAUUUUUGGAUUUGUAAAAGCACAGUGUCGCAAUGGGGGACGUGAUAUCAACACACCUUGAUGAAAGCAAACGGGAGCUUAUCACCGCGCGCGCAGGAGAAGUCAUUGGCGAGUUUGGCCGUUUGUAUGAGCAGCAGUAUGCGGUCGCCCUGUUCAACAAAGUGCGCUUUGAUAUCGAGGGGGGUGGAGGACCUCAGCCACAGCUGCUGCACCGCAAGGUUCCUCUGCAGGAUAAGUCCAUCUUCUCCGGCACUUUGUUCCAGUACCUGGAAGAGAACAAGAAGUGGAGGAAUCGAUUCCUCUUCAUCCCAGACUCCUACAACGUCAACUUCUAUGACAGCAAGGCGGGCUAUGAGAAAGGCCUUCACCCCAAAGGAUCCAUCAACUGCGCUGGGUAUCGACUCUUGACCUCCAUGGAUCAGUACCUGGAGCUGCUGGGCAACAGUUUGCCGGGUGUCAAGGCUAAAUCCAGCAGCUCUCCCUUUCUGAAGUGUCCCACGCAGUUCCCUCUGAUCCUCUGGCACCCGUAUGCCUGCCACUACUACUUCUGUGUGGUGGCGGAGAAAGACCAGCAGAAAUGGAGCGCCGUCUUCCAGGACUGUGUCAGGCACACCAACAACGGUCUCUCAGAGGAGUGCAAGGUCCAGACCCCGGCGUUCACCGACGCGGUACGCCUCUACCGCCAGACCCACAGCCAGUACGGCACCUGGGACAUGAUGUGUGGGGCUCCGCCACAGAUCCUGGCCAACCUGGUGAUGGAGAAGCUGCUGCCUGAGCUGCGAGACCUCAUUUCUCCCCGACUGAAGGGCAAACUGCAGGAGAGGCUGAGGAGCUGGAUGCUGAUCUCGGACGCGGUGUACCGACUGGUGCAGGCCCAGGCCAAGGCCCAGUACGAGGCCAUAGUACAGAGCUCCGAGGUGGGGAGUCCGCCCCUGGAGGCCUCCAUCCGCACCGACAUGGACCAGAUCAUCACCUCCAAAGAACACGUCACCGGCAAAAUCAGAGCUCUGGUUCUCCCCAAAGCGGAGAAGCUGCUCAAGGUCAGCAUCCAGCCGUACAUCAACUCCAUCCUGGAGGCCCUGAUGGAGCCCACCAGCCGCGGCUUCUUCGAGGUGCGGGACGUCUUCUUCAGGGAGCUGGUGGACAUGAACAAGAACCUGCUCAACGACGGCAGCAAGGAGCAGCUGGGAGAGCACAUGGAGAAGAUCUCCAUGCUGGCGUUCCACCCGGUGAAGAUGCAGUGCUGCUUUGAGAAGGUGGAGCAGCUGAGCCUGGAGGGCCUGCAGCAGCGCUUCGACGUGACCAGCCCCUCCGUGUUCGUCCAGAGAGCGCAGAUCCUCAUGAGAGAGCAAAUGGACGACGCCGUUUACACGUUUGAGCAGCUCCUGCGCCAGGGCCUGGAGGGGCAGGAGGGGGACGACCUCUGCAAGGUCAUCCAUCGCUGCCAGGAUCGGGUCAUCAAGAAAUUUGACUAUGACAGCAGCACGGUGCGGAAGCGGUUCUUCAGGGAGGCCCUCCUGCAGAUCUUUAUCCCAUACAUGCUGAAGCAGCUCUCUCCAUCUUGUUCGCCGGAGCUUCCUCACUUCCAGGAGUUGAUCUUUGAGGACUUCUCCCGCUUCAUCCUGGUGGAGAACAUCUUUGAGGAGGUGGUGCUGCACACGGUGAUGAAGGACAUCAUGAUGGCUGUGAAGGAGGCAGCUGUCCAGAGGAAGCACAACCUGUACCGGGACAGCAUCGUCCUGACCAACAGCGACCCCAACCUCCACCUCCUGAGCGAGAACCCGCCUAUCGACUGGGCCACCGAGUACGGAGAAAAGGAGCAGGAGGAGGACGGGGAAGGAGUCAAGCAGGACGCCGAGGGCAACGAAGACGGAGACCCAGAGGUGCAGAAGAGACGCAGGAUGAAGCAGGUGGUGUCCAUGAUCCAGGUGGAGGCCAGCGGAGUGCCUGGGGAGUCGUGCGUGGAGGUUCCAGGGGUGGAGGACAUCCCAGAAGAAACUGCGGAGGAGGUGGUGGACCGGAAUGGUGGAAGUGAGGCUUCAACGUCCCCGGACCUCACAGCCAAAGUGCCCAACGGGACCAGAGACACUCCCAGUCUCGCCAAUGGGAUUCACCUGAAAGAGGAGGACGCCCCAGUCGCCAGCGGUCAGGACGAACAGAGCAUGGCUCAGGCGAAGGAGGCCUCCCAAGAGGAUGCAGAGAAGCCAGUGGCGGAGAGCCCUCCAGCAGACCUGGCUAUCGAGAGGGCCAUCCAGGAGAGCCCUCCAGCAGACCUGGCUAUCGAGAGUGCCAUCCAGGAGAGUCCUCCAGCAGACCUGGCUAUUGAGAGUGCCAUCCAGGAGAGUCCUCCAGCAGACCUGGCUAUCGAGAGGGCCAUCCAGGAGAUCCCUCCGGCAGACCUGGCUAUCGAGAGCGCCAUCCAGGAGAUUGAAAACGCAGUGUUGGAGGAGGAGGAUGGCGAGCCGAGUGCAGAACCUUCCACCCUGGAGGAAGCAGCAGAAACACUUCCAGCACACCAGGAGCCCGACGGCGCUCCACCGAACGAGGAGGAACCCGUCUCCAAAGACCAGGAGCAGAGUGUCGCCGCGGCCAAAGUGGAUGACCCCACCACCACGCCACAGGAGGCAGAGAACAAGCCCCCGUCUCAGCAGCAGGUGGCGCCAGAGAGCACCUCAGAAUCCCCUGCUGAGUCAGACCAGCCCACGGGUGACUCCCCUGCUGGUCAGUCUGAAAACAGCAGUCUCCAGUCACCAGCCGCUGAGGCGACUGAGGAGGAACCACAGCCUGUUCAAGCACCGGAGAAGCACAGUGACUCUGUGGAAGAGGAUUCUGGGAAGGGAGUAUCCACAGAUCCGGUGGUAGCCAAUGAGAUGUGAGACUGUGUAAGUUGAGUGAUAUUUUCUUUGCUUUGAGAGGAAAACAACAGCCAAAUUUCCAUUGGUUUGCUCUGUUCAGCUUCAUGCAAGAGGGGAUGGAACAUUUUGUUUGUUUUUUUUUUUUGUGCACAAUAUUGUUUUUAAUAUUGUUGAUGAGAUUUCAGCCUUCAGCCUUCGAUUGCCCCUUUUUCUUUACACCUUAUUUCCAUUACCCUUCAAACACCUGAAACUAGAACAGCAGCCCUCACUCACAAAUCUCAUGUGUCCCCGCACAUCUUGAUGCAAACGCUCUCUGCUACCACUGCCAUGUUCUAACUACAUCUUAGUUGCUAAAUUAGGUUAUAUUGGCAUCAGGGGGAUUAGCGUCCUGAUCUGCCGUACACCUUCUGUUCUAUAGCUGGCUUUCAAUGUGGGCCCAGUGUUCAAACAACUGUCCUGACAAACAAUCUUGAUGGUAGAAACCACUUACUCACACAUGCCUGCCUACACAUGCCAACUGGUCAAGGAAUAACACAUUACUCUAACGCACGCUGAAAACACUGAAUAUUAUGUUAAAUCAUCUUUAUGUUUGUUACAUUAUUUUCCUAUAUAAAUGUCUUCACUCCAAGUACACUAUUGUUUUUUUUGUAAAUAUGAAAUUGUGGGUAAAAUGACCUAGUUUAUGUGUUUUGGGGGCUUUUUUUUUGUUUUAGUUUUUUUGACCACAGGAACAGCUCUGAACAAGUAGUGUGGGUAUUACUCCCUUCCCCUACCAUAUUUCUGAAGAGGGUUCAUUCACUAAUGAAUAGUUGGAAUCAUGCUGUUAUUUCUGUUCAUUUUAUAUCUCUUCAGUCCUCUUAAAUAUUUUCUGCAAUAUGUAUUUGUGUCCCAUGACUGUGCUUUGCUGUUGUGAAGUGGAAACUGAUGAAUAGAAAGUUGUGUCAAGAGGACAUAAAAUGUAGAAAAUGGCAAUUUAGGGCAGGUGUCUGUAUUUCAAAUUGAAAUGACAAACUAUCAAAAUAAUAUUGAUGUGCAAAAAACAUAAGGAUCUUUGUAUGCCUACCUAGGCUAAUGCGAGUAAGUCAUUUUCACAACACUACUUUGGAAAUGUAACCGUCCACGGCAUGGUCCUGAGCGUUCUAGAACAGAUUAUUUUUAUUUAUUGUGUGCUGCACUUGGCAUCAAAUCGUCAUAUUUUAUUUUUCCUCUUAUUUUUUACAUGUGUGUUUAGAAAAGUUUUUAAAAUAUUAUUUUAAGUCGUUUAAAUGUAAAUUCUUCACAAUAAAUCAUAACCAAUAACGUU